AUGGGCCGCUAUGUCAGUAGUAAUGAAGCAGUUUGGCGAAUAUUUUCUUUUCCUAUUCAUGAGAGACACCCUUCUGUUGUUCACUUAGCUGUGCAUUUAGAAAAUGGACAAAGAGUGUAUUUUACAGCACAGAACGCAGUACAAAGAGCUGCUCAGCCACCAUCUACUACAUUAACCAGUUUUUUUGAGACAUGCCAAAACGAUGAUUUCGCACAAACAUUGCUAUAUUCUGAAAUGCCAAAAUAUUAUACCUGGAAUCAAUCCUCAAGGAGAUUUAUACGACGGAAACAAGGAAAACCAGUUCCAGGAUAUACAGAUGUAUAUUCCACCGAUGCGAUUGGCCGGAUUUAUUCAGUACAUCCAAGCAAUGAUGAAUGUUUUUACUUACGACUGCUAUUAGUCAAUGUACGUGGCCCAACAUCAUUCCAACAGUUACGAACUGUUGAUGGUGAAUUGUGUGUAUCCUACAGAGAAGCCUGUCAACGUUUGCAAUUGCUUGAAAAUGACGCUCAUUGGGAUCAAACUCUCAAUGAUGCUAAUAGAAUGGGAAAUCCAAAUAUACAAAUCAGUGAAGAAAUUUACAAUGAAGCAUUGAUUUCAAUUGAGGACAUGUGCUUGAUAAUGUCAAACAAACUAUUAAUUCAAUUAGGCCUGACCGCGCCCAAUCGUCCAAUGCAUGACGCUAUUAACCAAGAGUUGCAUCGAGAAAGACUGUAUGAUCUCAACGAUUUGAAAGAAUUAAUUCAAACAAAUCUUCCACUGUUAAAUGAACAACAGAAGUAUGUAUUUGAAACUCUUAUGAAAGUAACAAAUGAUGAAACUGGAGGGAUUUACUUCUUAGAUGCACCUGGUGGUACAGGAAAAACUUUUUUGAUUUCAUUAAUAUUAGCAACAAUUCGCUCACAAAAUAAAAUUGCACUUGCACUCGCUUCGUCGGGAAUCGCAGCAACUUUGCUUGAAGGUGGUCGAACAGCCCAUUCAGCACUAAAAUUGCCAUUAAAUAUGCAUAGCAAUGAAACUCCAACCUGCAACGUUUCGAAGAACUCUGCAAUGGCAAAGGUUUUGCAGCAAUGUAAAUUGAUUGUUUGGGAUGAAUGCACGAUGGCACAUAAAAAAUCUUUGGAGGCUUUGGACAGAACCUUAAAAGAUCUACGGAGCAAUAAUAACCGAUUUGGUGGUGCAAUGAUUUUAUUAGCAGGAGAUUUUCGUCAAACAUUGCCGGUGAUUCCACGAUCAACGCCAGCUGAUGAACUCAAUGCAUGUCUAAAGUCCUCCAGUUUGUGGAAACAUGUCAAAGUACUUCAUUUAAGCAAGAAUAUGCGUGUCGAGUUGCAAAAUGACCAAUCUGGAAACAUAUUCUCUAAACAACUCAUUGACAUUGGUAAUGGCAAAUUUCCUAUAGACAUGUUGACUGGCUGCAUUAACUUUCCUCUAAGUUUUUGUCAGUUAACUCGAUCAAAAGAUGAACUUAUUCAGAAGGUGUUUCCAGAUGUUUCUCAAAAUUACAGAAACCAUGAUUGGUUGAGCGAACGUGCUAUACUGGCUGCAAAAAACAUAGAUGUAAAUGAAUUAAAUUUCAAAAUUCAAGAACAAAUUACAGGCGAAUUGAUGAUAUAUAAAUCAGUUGAUUCGGCUACUAAUCAAGAUGAUGUAGUCAACUAUCCACCGGAAUUUUUAAACUCGCUGGAUUUGCCAGGAUUGCCACCUCACAAUCUUCAAUUAAAGGUUGGAUCGGUGGUUAUAAUGUUGCGAAAUAUCAACCAACCGCGUCUUUGCAACGGUACACGGUUAGCGAUAAAAAAAUUACUAAACAAUGUGAUAGAAGCAACUAUACUCAAAGGAAAGUAUAAAGGAGAAGAUGUUCUCAUACCGCGCAUCCCAAUGAUUCCGACUGAUGUGCCAUUUGAGUUUAAACGACUACAGUUUCCAGUGCGUCUUGCUUUUGCUAUGACUAUAAACAAGUCCCAGGGGCAAUCAUUAAGUGUUUGUGGUAUUAAUCUAGAAAACCCAUGUUUCUCACAUGGUCAAUUGUAUGUUGCCUGUUCCCGUGUUGGAAAACCAUCAGAUUUGUUUAUCUAUGCGCCAGAUAGUUAUAUUCAUUUAAAAGAUGCGAUUGGACGACGAGACAUAGAAGCUAAUCAUUUAGGCCAAAUGGUUAUACUCCCGUCAACUUUUACUGGUGGGCCAAGGUACAUGCACGAAUGA